AGCCCUUUUUGGGUUUUCUAGCCUCUGCUUGAUUCGAUUGUCUUAGAAGAGACAAGCUAUAACCGAGUUGGGGCAUCCGAGUUGACUCAGGCAAUUCUCUGAGAAAGAAAAGAUGUCGUAUUCCAGGGAAGGAAGGUCAGUUUCACCGGGAAGAGGACGUCGAUCAAGGUCAUUGUCAAGGUCCCGCAGGAAUCGCUCCAGGUCUAGGAGCCGUGAUUCUCAGGAUGCAGCCAAUCCAGGAAAUAAUUUAUAUGUAACUGGCUUAUCCACAAGGGUUACUACCGGUGAUCUUGAGAAGUAUUUCGGCAAUGAAGGAAAGGUUGUGGAAUGCCAUCUGGUUACAGAUCCCCGCACCAGAGAAUCUCGUGGAUUUGCUUUUGUGACCAUGGAAACAGUUGAGGGUGCAGACCGCUGCAUCAAGUAUUUGAAUCGUUCAGUGCUCGAAGGUCGAUUAAUCACGGUGGAAAAGGCAAAAAGGUCCCGUGGAAGAACACCGACUCCUGGGAGGUAUCAGGGUUUGCGAGAUAGAAGAGGACAGGGUCGCAGAAGGUCUCGUAGCUACUCACCUCGACGAUAUGAUAGAGAUCAUUUUUCAAGGGGUAGGCAAGGAAGAUCACGAUCUCGUUCUCCGCAUGGUAGGAGAAGAGAUGAUUAUGAUUCAUAUAGGAGGCGCAGAGAGCGCUCCUUGUCUGGUGAUGGCAAUGGUUAUCGUAGAUGAGAGAAAAUCGAUCUCCAAUCUCCAUAUGAUAGGAGAAGAGAUGAUUAUGACUCAUAGUCAUGUGAUAUCAGCCGGAAAGAGCGCUCCUAGUCUAGUGAUGGCACUGAUUAUCGUAGCCGAGAGAAAAUCAUUCUCAUCACAAUUGAUCUUGCCACUGCACUUAAUUAGUAGUAGUUCAUUAGAUGAGUUUCUUGAUUAAAGUGGGAUCAUUAUAAUCGUUACCCCUUUAUGUCAUCUCUCAUGACUGUAUUUAUGAUGUACCCUAAAUGUUGUAUGAACGUUAACUUUGCCUCUUUUUUGGCAAUUAGCUAUGAUGGUUGGUGAAGAAUGUGCCCACAAACAUUAGAAAUGCUACAAUUAUCAAGAGAUCAAGAAUCAAAAUCCUCAGUUGGAGAGGAUCGUGAUUACCUUUGAUCCAAAGAAAGGCUGCAAGUAAAGAUGAAAUAAGUUUCUACAAACCAAAAUUUCAAGAAAGAAUGUGAAGUGUGAAGACUCGGAUUUUUGUUGGACAGCAGCAGCAGCAAGCAAGGCUUUUUGAGUGUAAAGGCUGUUGGAUCAAUUUUCCAUGUUUUUUCCCCCCUUGUUACCGGCGCGCUUUUGCCUUUUUGUGGCUCAUGUCGGAUCAAUUUUGGAGGGAAAAAAACUUGACAAAAAGAGACAAAAGGGUACGGAAAUUAAGCAAUUGUGCUUGGUAAAAAAAUCCAAAAGCAAUAAAUCAAUAUGUCAGACCCAAAAAG